UAUCCAUAGUGUGUGAAAAGGUGCGCCUUUUGUUGUUAUUACACCGUGUAUAAUCGCUUGAUUUGAUGGAGAGGCACGGCGGCGCUCCGGCGACGGAGGAUGCAACGGAAGCGGCGGAGCACGGCGGCGAUACUGGCCUAGAAGAGCCGCUGUGGCAGUUGUCCGUCAGUGGUGGGUCCCAAUCGUACCCAGAGCGACCUCAGGAGGCCGAUUGUAUCUAUUAUCUGCGGACCGGAUUGUGCGGCUAUGGCGCCCGCUGUCGGUUCAAUCAUCCCCGCGAUCGUAGCUUUGCUGCUCGAUCUACUAGAGCCAGCAUAGGGGAGCUUCCGGAGAGAGCGGAUCAGCCUCAAUGUCUGUUCUAUAUGAGGACUGGAAUGUGUAAGUUUGGCGUUACUUGCAAGUAUCACCACCCAAGACAGGGAGGCGGAUCAGCACCAGUGGUGAUGAAUGCUUAUGGAUACCCUUCACGACCGGGCGAAAGGGAAUGUUCAUACUACGCUAGAACAGGGCAGUGCAAAUUCGGAGCCACCUGCAAAUUUGAUCACCCACAGCCUGCAGCAGCAGCAGCAGCACCAUCUAUUUAUUCAGCAGUCCACUCUCCCUCUUCUGUUCAUCAAUCCUCUCAGCAGUUUGGUGUAAUGGGUCCCACCUGGUCAAUUGCCAGGCCGGCCCUUCUUCCUGGCGCAUACAUGCCCGGAGCAUAUAGUCAUAUGUUGUUUCCCCCAGGGGUAGUUCCAGUUCCUGGUGGUUGGACUACUUAUCCGGCACCUUUAAGUCCAGUUCCAUCUCUGAGUAAUCAGACGACUGCUGGAGUUGGACAGUUUUAUGGAUUAACACAGUUAUCUCCUUCAGCACCUGCCUAUUCAGGAGGUUAUAUGUAUGAAGGUUCUACAGCUGGCCCUUCACAGCUCAGUCCAAGAGAACAACAUGCCUUUCCUGAAAGAGCUGGUGAGCCUGAAUGCCAGCAUUACAUGAAGACUGGGGAUUGUAAGUAUGGGUCUUCAUGUAGAUACCAUCAUCCGCCUGGAUUGACCGUACCCAAAGCAAAUUUUGUCUUGAGCCCUCUCGGUCUUCCUCUACGUCCAGAUGCACCAAUCUGCUUACACUAUUCACAUAAUGGGGUGUGCAAAUUUGGGCCUACAUGUAGGUUUGACCAUCCAAUGGGAACGCUGAAUUACAGUCCAUCGGCAUCCUCACUUGCUGACAUCCCCGUUGCUCCCCUACCUGUUGGAUCUUACUCGAGCACUCUGGCUCCAACAUCCUCAGACUCAAGGCCCAACCUCAUUUCUAGGCCCAAUAAGGAAAGCGUCGCUACCCAAACAUCACCCAAAACUACUCCUAGUGGCCCAAUGGGCUCAACUUCCGGGACAAGCGGGAGCAGUAGUAGUAAGGGACAUGGAGGUGAGGUCUCAAAGACCGAAUGAUCAUUUUUUUUCUUUCUCUCUUUCAAUAUUUUUGAUGCUAGUUGCUGCCUAGGAGAGCUUCUUGUCUUUGGUCAUCAAACUUCUUGUCUAAGCACACAACUAUAUACCUACUUUCAUCAAUGUCCAUAAAAAUCCAUUUUUAAGUCAACCAAAUCCCACUUUCCAAAUACCAAAUAUCUGGGGAAAAAUCUCCUAAUCCCAUUUAUUUUGUUGUAAUCAUUGUUGACUCCCUUCAUGUCUCACUACCCACACUUCACCUUCCUCUUAAUGAAUUGAGAACCCACUUGGAGUAAUUAUGAAUACCGAAUUCACGUUUUUUUAUAUUUUGAGCUAUAAUCUCGUUGCGCGGGAGAGAAGAAAAAAAAAGGCGGACGAUUCUCACGGCAAGACGAGAGCUUUAUGCUGUCCUAAAAAUAGUCAUGUGUGAUCUUGUUUGAUUCGUCUUAACAUAUAGAUUAUUAAUAUAUAAUUUUUAUAAUUUUUUAAUAUACAAAUUAUAAGAUAAAAUGGAUUAAAGAAGUGCAUUGGAUGGUGUGCCAAAAGGUAAGUGGACAAAGAU